CGCUUGGCCCCCGGGGGGGAGGGAGGGAGGGUGGGCGCAGGGCCGGUGGGCGCCAGCGGCGCACGGCGGGACCUACGGAGCCCCGCGACCCGCCGAGCCUGGAGCCGGGCCGGGGCGGGGAAGCCGGCUCCAGUCCGGAUCAAACUUCGCUGCCGGGCGGGGGGUGGCGGGGACCCUGUCCGGAGUUGGAGGAGGGGGCGGCCGCGGGCCCUCCCGCUUGUGCGCCCGCGUCUCCCGGCACCAUGCUGUCCAACUCCCAAGGCCAGACCCCGCCGGUGCCGUUCCCCAACCCGCCGCCGCCGCUGCCGCCGCAGCCCCCCGCCCCGGCCCAGCCUCAUCCUCCGGCCCAGCCUCCGCCGCAGCCCCCGCAGCAGUUCCCCCAGUUCCACGUCAAGUCGAGCCUGCAAAUCAAGAAGAACGCCAUCAUCGACGACUACAAGGUCACCAGCCAGGUCCUGGGACUGGGCAUCAACGGGAAAGUUUUGCAAAUCUUCAACAAGAGGACCCAGGAGAAAUUCGCCCUCAAAAUGCUCCAGGACUGCCCCAAGGCGCGCAGGGAGGUGGAGUUGCACUGGCGGGCCUCCCAGUGCCCACACAUCGUGCGCAUCGUGGACGUCUAUGAGAACCUAUAUGCGGGAAGGAAGUGCCUGCUGAUUGUCAUGGAGUGUCUGGAUGGUGGAGAACUCUUUAGCCGAAUCCAGGACCGAGGAGACCAAGCAUUCACAGAAAGAGGUAGAAAGGAAGCAUCAGAAAUCAUGAAGAGCAUUGGCGAGGCCAUUCAGUAUUUGCACUCAAUCAACAUUGCUCAUCGGGAUGUCAAGCCCGAGAACCUCUUAUACACCUCCAAAAGACCUAAUGCCAUUCUGAAACUCACUGAUUUUGGCUUUGCCAAGGAGACUACCAGUCACAACUCUUUGACCACUCCUUGUUAUACACCGUACUAUGUGGCUCCGGAAGUGCUGGGGCCAGAGAAGUAUGACAAGUCCUGUGACAUGUGGUCCUUGGGUGUCAUCAUGUACAUCUUGCUGUGUGGGUAUCCCCCCUUCUACUCUAAUCACGGCCUUGCCAUUUCUCCGGGCAUGAAGACUCGCAUCCGAAUGGGCCAGUAUGAAUUUCCCAACCCAGAGUGGUCGGAAGUAUCGGAGGAAGUGAAGAUGCUUAUCCGGAACCUGCUGAAAACAGAGCCCACUCAGAGAAUGACCAUCACGGAGUUCAUGAACCACCCCUGGAUCAUGCAAUCUACAAAGGUCCCUCAGACUCCACUGCACACCAGCCGGGUUCUGAAGGAGGACAAGGAGCGGUGGGAGGAUGUCAAGGAGGAGAUGACCAGUGCCUUGGCCACAAUGCGUGUUGACUAUGAGCAGAUCAAGAUAAAAAAGAUUGAAGAUGCAUCCAACCCUCUGCUUCUGAAGAGGCGGAAGAAAGCUCGGGCCCUGGAGGCAGCGGCCCUUGCCCACUGAGCCGCCGUGCCCUCCUGCUCUACUGGAGGACAAGCAAUAACUCUCUACGUGAAUAUGUUUUUUAAACGAAGAGACACAGACUGCCCACUUCCACCUCCUCUGCUCUUCAGCUGCAUGGAGCCUGGAACCGCCUUGGUAGAAUUCUGCCUUUGGCUCUGGCCACCCAGAGAAGAAGGGUGGGAGGCUGCAGAGGAGGGGCAAGGUGCUCUCGAACCUGCGCUAGUUUUGCAAUUUUAUCAGUCACUUGACAGAAUUUUUAUGGAACCUCUUUUAUUGUCUUCUCCCAUACUCCUCUUCCUUUCUCCCAGGCCCCAUCCCCUCUGGAUACUGCAAAGGUUUGGGGCUUAUCCAAGGGUAUUGUGGAAACCGUUACAGGAAAUGUCCUUGUGUUGUCCUAUCUGCCCUUCCUGUUUUCCAAGUGCAGCCCAGGGUCCCCUCUGGCUCAGGAGUCUGGGAGUUCAAGGCUCCCCUGAAAUGGGGGUGCUGCCCACCUCCUCUACUGAAGCCCUCAGACAUCACCAGUGUGCCCGACAAAUAGGAGCGAGUGUGAGUGUGUGUGCAUGUGCGCGUGCCCAGAUCUGCACUGGGGCUGUGCAUUCAAGGGGCCCAGGCAGGCAUGGCUGCAAGGGGUCCUGCUGUGACUUCAGAACUCUCCCGCCCAUAUGAGCUGCCUAAGUGCCUGGGAAACCUGUUCACAUCUGGAGCCAGGUGACCAUGGCCUUUCUGUUUGCUGGGGAAGGGAGGCAGAGGGGCACAGCCAUAGGCAAGACUGGACCCCCUCAGUAUCCCUUCUCCCUGGUAGUGUCGGUCCUAGGUCCUCUGGGGUGCUGAGCUACCAAAUAGCCUUUACUUCUCCUUGCCAUUAUUAACCUGUUCUUGUUGAUUUUUCUUCAGUUUUUAGCCAUUUCUCAGUGGGCUGCCUGUCAGCUCAUGUGGACGAGGCUGGCCAGGUCAUACGACAAAGCUUUUGCAUCUCACAAGUCUCUCCUGGGCUCUGGGCAUCAGCCAGCCUUGUCUUAUGGACAAGGGCAACGCCACUUUUGUGGUCCUCCCUCAAAUUUCCACUGUGUGGCCUAGUGGGCGGAGGGCAGUCUUUGCACCAAAGAUGUCCUGACUCUGCCUCCUCCUCACUAGCCACCUACCCCCCAACAACUCAGCCUGGGAGGGGGGUCUCCCCAGUAUUGAGGAGCAUGUGGGGAGAGUCCUUCGUGCCAUGGUCUCCCAUUCUCUCUUUGUGGGAGGGGUGGCUCCCUCAGGGGUGGUGGUGGAGGGGCACCUGGGCUCCUCUGGGCCUGGGGCAGGGCCUGGGCCUGGGUGUCUGCAGCCCCUCCCUCAUCUGUGAUGGUGUGUCCAGCACUCAGACUGUUGUAAACUGUUGUUUUGUAUGAGCGAAAUUGUCUUUACUAAACAGAUUUAAUAGUUGAAAGUUUCUCUGCCUAGUCUUUUCUGGGGCUCAGAUUCUAGAUCUUUCACCUUUGCUCUUCGUACUGGUGGAGAGAGGUUUUGUGUGCUUGGUGCCCUGGGACGGGAGAGAAAGGCCUCCCUGUUGAGGGCCAGGGGGAUGGUCAAGGGGUGCGGACCAUGAAUGCUGCUCUCCUUUAGAGCCAAGGGAGGGAGGUAGGCAAUGAGGAAUGGGGAGCAAUCCUUCCUCUUGUUCUAAAUACUGACUCAAGAGCCAAACUGCCUUUUGCCACCUGAUUCAUGGAGCUACAUAACCACUAUCAGGUGAUGGUACCCUUAGCCUAGGGGGAACCAGCUACCUGGGGCCCUCAGAGGGGGUAUUGUUGAUGAAUUUGGUUCCAGUCCCCAGAAAGACCAGGGGAGCAGGUUGGUGUAGUACCUGAGAAUUCCAGGAGGGGGCAGUAGGGGUGAGGCAGAUACCGAAGUGCCCUAUCUCUGAGCUGAAGGAAGAGAGUUUCCAGAGAGCCAGUCUCAUCAAAGACCAUGUGCUGAGCUGAUUUGCCUUGAUGGGGCCUAGGUUAGAAUCUUGUGUGCUGCUGCCAUUGCUGCCCCUCGCAGUCAGGUGGAGAAAUAGCACAACCUAAAUCAUUUCAUCUAUGUGAUCCUAAGAGCUGGUAGGGAGAAAGGCAAGGUGGGAUGGUUAGUUAUCCCUAUUUUAUGGGUUUACUGAUGGAAACACUGUGCUGGUGGUCACACAGCUAUGGGUUUGAACUAGAACUCAGGCCUCAGGAGCCCAAGACCUGGGUGUUCUCUUUCCACCAACCUUCUCCCUGGAGGAGAGGCUUGCCUGUCCCUCAUCCAUCAAAGGGAUCGUGUCCUUACCACUCAGCCUGUGAUUCCUGGAGCCUCUCUCAUCACUCUAGAGAGCACUGCUCUGAAUCAGCCAGCAGGAGCUUUUGUUUAAAAAA